CAAGGAUGUAGAGGAGCAAAGGGGGAGAAGAGGCCGCGCGAAGAGAGGUGGUGUGAGACCCGCGGCGGCGCGGGCCAAGGAAGGGCGCAUGGAGAGGCCGGCGGCGCGACCGGCAGGGUGCUGGCCAUUCAGGCCCGAAAGCGGAGGCCGAAAAGAGAGAAACAUCCGAAAAAAAAUCAAGUGGAAGAUUGAGCUGCUGAUGUCAGUUAACUCUGAGAAGUCGUCCUCUUCAGAAAGGCCGGAGCCUCAGCAGAAAGCUCCCUUAGUCCCCCCCCCACCGCCACCGCCGCCACCGCCAGACCCCACGCCCCCCGAGCCAGAGGAGGAGAUCCUGGGAUCGGACGAUGAGGAGCAGGAGGACCCCGCAGACUACUGCAAAGGUGGCUAUCAUCCAGUGAAAAUUGGAGACCUCUUCAAUGGCCGCUAUCAUGUUAUUAGGAAGCUAGGAUGGGGACACUUCUCAACUGUCUGGCUGUGCUGGGAUAUGCAGGGGAAAAGAUUUGUUGCAAUGAAAGUUGUCAAAAGUGCCCAGCAUUAUACAGAGACAGCCUUGGAUGAAAUAAAAUUGCUUAAAUGUGUUCGAGAAAGUGAUCCCAGUGACCCAAAUAAAGACAUGGUAGUGCAGCUAAUCGAUGACUUCAAGAUUUCAGGCAUGAAUGGAAUACAUGUCUGCAUGGUCUUUGAAGUGCUUGGUCACCAUCUCCUCAAAUGGAUCAUCAAGUCCAACUACCAAGGCCUCCCGGUACGCUGCGUGAAGAGUAUCAUUCGACAGGUGUUCUGCCAUCUGGUGUCAGCCCAUAUUUCCCUGCAGGUCCUUCAGGGGUUAGAUUAUCUACACAGUAAGUGCAAGAUCAUUCAUACUGACAUAAAGCCAGAAAACAUCUUGAUGUGUGUGGAUGAUGCAUAUGUGAGAAGAAUGGCAGCCGAGGCCACUGAGUGGCAGAAAGCAGGUGCUCCUCCUCCUUCGGGGUCUGCAGUGAGUACCGCUCCACAGCAAAAACCUAUAGGAAAAAUAUCUAAAAACAAAAAGAAGAAACUGAAAAAGAAGCAGAAAAGGCAGGCUGAGUUACUGGAAAAGCGCCUGCAGGAAAUAGAAGAAUUGGAGCGAGAAGCUGAAAGGAAAAUAAUAGAAGAAAAUGUCCCAUCAGCUGUACCAUCCAGUGAGCAAGAUGAUGAGUCCUGCCCAGAGGUGGAGCUGCAAACAGCAGGCUUGGAGGAUGCAGCUGGUGGGGAGCCUGCAAGUGGUGAUGGUGAAGCUGAGGACCAAGAAGAGAAAGAAGAUGCCGAGAAGGAAAGCAUUGAGAAAGAUGAAGACGAUGUUGAACAGGAGCUGGCAAACAUAGACCCUACGUGGGUAGAAUCACCCAGAACCAACGGCCACAUUGAGAAUGGCCCGUUCCUGCUGGAACCGCAGUUGGAUGACGAAGACGAUGAGGAGGAAGAUUGCCUGAAUCCUGAGGAUUAUAACCCUGAGGAGCCAAAUGCAGAAAGUGAUUACACAUACAGCAGCUCCUAUGAACAAUUCAAUGGUGAAUUGCCAAACGGACGACAUAAAAUUCCUGAGUCACAGUUUCCAGAAUUUUCCACAUCGUUGUUCUCUGGGCCCUUAGAACCUGUGGCUUGUGGCUCUGCACUUUCCGAAGGAUCCCCACUUACCGAGCAUGAGGAAAGCAGUCCAUCCCACGACAGAAGCAGGACAGUUUCAGCCUCCAGCACUGGGGAUUUGCCAAAAACAAAAACCCGGGCGGCCGACUUGCUGGUGAAUCCCCUGGAUCCACGGAAUGCAGAUAAAAUUAGAGUUAAAAUUGCUGACCUGGGAAAUGCCUGUUGGGUGCAUAAACACUUCACAGAAGAUAUCCAGACGCGUCAGUACAGAUCCAUAGAGGUUCUAAUAGGAGCAGGUUACAGUACACCCGCGGACAUCUGGAGCACAGCAUGUAUGGCAUUUGAGCUGGCAACAGGAGAUUAUUUGUUUGAACCGCAUUCUGGGGAAGACUAUUCCAGAGACGAAGACCACAUAGCCCACAUCAUAGAGCUGCUAGGCAGUAUCCCAAGGCACUUUGCUCUGUCUGGAAAAUAUUCUCGGGAAUUCUUCAAUCGCAGAGAUCACAUAGCAUUGAUCAUUGAACUGCUGGGGAAAGUCCCUCGAAAAUACGCUAUGUUGGGAAAAUAUUCCAAGGAGUUUUUCACCAGAAAAGGAGAACUGCGGCACAUCACCAAGCUGAAGCCCUGGAGCCUCUUUGAUGUCCUUGUGGAAAAGUACGGUUGGCCCCAUGAAGAUGCUGCACAGUUUACAGAUUUCCUGAUCCCGAUGUUAGAAAUGGUUCCAGAAAAACGAGCCUCAGCUGGCGAAUGCCUUCGGCAUCCUUGGUUGAAUUCUUAGCAGAUUCUCCAAGUAGUGCAUUCUGAGCUAGCCAAUGUUUUCCAGUACAUUGGACCUAAACGGUGACUCUCAUUCUUUAACAGGAUUACAAGUGAGCUGGCUUCAUCCUCAGACCUUUAUUUUGCUUUGAGGUACUGUUGUUUGACAUGUUGCUUUUUGUGCACUGUGGUCCUGGGGCAGGGUAGUCUUUUGUCUUCAGCUUAGUAGUUUACUGACCCACUUCUGGAAACAAUAACAUGUCUCUAAAGCAUCAUUUCUUGUGUUGUGUGACAUUCAAAUGUCAAUUUUUUUGAAUGAAAAAUACUUUCCCCCUUGUGUUUUGGCAGGUUUUGUAAUUAUUUAUGAAGAUAUAUUUUAGCUGAGUACUAUAUAAUUUACAGUUCUAAGAAAUUAUCGAGUUGGAACCAAGAAAUAUCAAGGAAAUGUACCAUUUUAUCUUUUGGCAAAGGGGCCUCACUCCUGUAUUAUAGUGUAUGUAAAUGCACCCCAAAAUGUUAAUUCCCAUGAAAUGUGGGAUGGGGACUCAAACUUAAAAAACGCUACCAAGUCUUGAGUGCUUUGUAGCAUAUGUUGCAUGUAGCGGACUGUGACCGCUCCCAGGAGCUGUGCAGACUUUUCAUUCCAUUAACAGUCCUUACACAUUGGAUUUUAAACAAAGUGGCUCUGGGUUUGUCAUUCCCUAUCAGGCACUUUAAAGAAAGACAUGCUUCUCAUUCUAAAAUUCAUAUUAUAGUUUAGCACUCGCAUUCAUAUUUUUGCAUAUUUUUAAAAGUACCUUUAAGGAAAAAGAGCAAUUUCUCUUUCAAAAUGUGAUGGCCUGUACCAUGUGGUGGUGCCUCCUCCAAGCACUGUAAGUUAAACUCUGCAUCAAUUAAAUCAGACAAGAAAAACAUGUUCAGUGUGUGGAAUGAAAAUAUAUAUAUAUUUUCUUGGAAAAGCUGCUUGUGUUUGUCUAAAACCAAGGUAUGGCAUAUGCAGUGUGCAGUGCAGUGGACGGUAUACUCACUUCUCAGAGGUGCCAGCAACUGUGUCCAUUCCAGAGGCAGUUCUGUGUGUGGCUAUGACAGAUACAGAUCUGACUAGGUUUUCCCAGUGUCUUCCCAUGCAUUGAAGUUGAGAAAAUGAUUUUCCCUUUGCAGGUUGCACAUGAUUUUUUGUUUAUGCAUUUCCUUAAAAUUAUAGAAUCCAGGACACAGACCAUAGUAGGCAGUACAAUUUUAGAAUGUAACAUAUAGAGGUAUAUUUAACCUCUUUUAGAAGUCGAUGGAUUGAAUGUCAGUUUUCUAAAAAAUUUUACAUUCAUUAAGGUGCCUCGUUUCUCUUGACUUUGUCCAUUAACAUUUACCCAUAUGCCUUUGCAAUAACUAGAUUGUGAAAAGAACGUGUUGUAACAAUAAUCCAUUGUUUGAGGUGCUUGCAGUUGUCUUAAAAAUUAAAAUGUUUUGUUUUCUUUCCCCA